AUCAUUAGAACCCAUUCAGACGUUGAUGAAUCAGUAUCAUUUUACGUUGCGCGGAGAGAGAACACACUUUUCUUCGUACAAUAUUUUAUUAUGAGAGUGUGAUUUUCACGUUACGUACAUAUUGAGGGACAUAUCACGUAAAAAUGUGGUGCACGGAAAAAAUAAUUAUCUUUGUCUGGCUGCUGUGCAUCCGGACAAUGAUACUGUCAAGUGUUAUCGAGAAAAAACAUAAUCCUCAUCAUUGUCAUUUGCCGAAGUCCUUAAUCGAAGAAAUAGACUCUUACGCGCCAAUAGUGAAAAAUAUAAUCUAUGAGGCUACGCGAGGUUCUUUCAAAGGAAAUACAUGGCAAGAUUUGGCGAAUUUUGUUGACAAAUUUGGUCCAAGGUUUAGUGGUACCCAAACACUCGAGGAUGCUAUCGAUUAUGUACUCAACAAAUCGAUUAGUUUAGAUUUGGAUAAUGUACACGGUGAACCAGCUGUUAUACCACGUUGGGUCAGGGGUUCAGAAUCCGCGACUCUAUUAAAACCAAGGCAAAAAAAUUUGGCAUUAUUAGGGCUAGGUUUCAGUGUUGGUACUCCAGAAGAAGGUAUAACUGCUAAUGCUGUGGUAGUGGAUAGUUUUGCAGAACUUAAAGAAAGAGCGAAAGAGGUUCCAGGGAAAAUUGUCGUGUACAAUGAAAAAUUUGUCUCGUACGAGAAAACCGUGCAAUAUCGAAGUUCGGGUGCCACAAAGGCCGCAGAAUUGGGAGCAGUGGCUGUCUUAAUCCGAUCCGUAACACCAUAUUCUUUGUACACUCCGCAUACCGGUGUGAUGAAUUACGGAGAGAAUGUUACUAAAAUCCCAGCUGCUUGCAUAACUAUCGAAGACGCGAGUCUUUUACGAAGAAUGGCGGAUCGAGGUGAUGAGAUAGUAAUAAAUUUGAAAAUGGAAGCAAAAAGAUAUAAUGAUACGCAGUCACGCAACGUUGUAGCGGAUAUAUCCGGCUCAGUUAAUCCUGAAAAAACAGUCGUUGUUUCUGGUCACAUAGACAGUUGGGAUGUUGGACAAGGUGCAAUGGACGAUGGAGGCGGCAGUUUUAUAUCUUGGAAUGCUCUAAAAUUAUUAAAACAUCUCGGCAUGAAAGCUCGAAGGACGAUAAGAAUGAUAAUGUGGACCUGUGAAGAACUUGGCAUUUACGGAGCUCAUCAAUAUAUACAAAACCACACAGCGCAGAAUGAAAAUUUGCAAUUUGUAAUGGAAUCCGACAUGGGCACAUUCUUCCCUAAAGGCCUUCAAUUCACUGGAAAUAAACUAGUUAAAUGUAUACUUCAGAGAAUAAUGCUAUUGUUGGCUCCGUUGGGUCACAUGAAAUUGAAGAGCCCCUGCGAAGGGCCUGAUAUAGAUUUCUGGAUAAAAGCUGGUGUACCGGGUGCCAGUCUCUGGACGAAAAACGAAAAGUACUUCUAUUAUCAUCAUACGAAUGCAGAUACGAUGCUAGUGGAAAAUCCGGAAGCUCUGGAUAUGAAUACAGCUAUAUUUGCAGCGGUAUCAUACGUUUUGGCAGAUAUCAGCGUUGAUUUACCACGGCACAAUUACACCGAAUUAUCUUAAUAAAAUUAUCUUAACGUGUACGCGUACAUGAUUAUGAUGGAUUGUUUAUAAAGAGAGACCGUUUUUAUUUCAAAUAUCUAUAUAUACAAUUGUAAAAUAUAAAUAAUUAAUAAUCUAUGAUGCAGUUUAAAAUUUAAAAGAAAAUCAAAAUACAAUGCAUAUGAACAAAA